UCAAAGUAGAAAUGAAGUCAGCAAUAUCGUCACUCGUCAGCUCCAAGCAUCGGAGUCUCAAUCUUCAUCUAAACCAUUCUCCUUUCUCUAACUCCAUUUCAUACUCAAAAACCCUCUCUCAUAAAUCUACUUUCAUACCCGUAAUUCCUCUUAACAACAAUACCAGUUUCAGCAAUCGCACACUAAAGCUCAAAAUCCAAGCCACCAAAUCUGUUUCGACAAUGGCGUCCUCUUUCAAGCCCGAGCAAGCCAGAGCUCCACCUGCCGUCCCCUUGCCCAAACCACCCGUUACUAAGUUCAAGAUUGCUCUGUGCCAGAUAACGGUGACUACUGAUAAAGAGAGGAACAUUGCACAUGCGCGCAAGAUGAUCGAGGAGGCUGCGGCCAAGGGGGCGAAGCUUGUUGUUUUGCCUGAAAUUUGGAAUAGUCCAUAUUCAAAUGACAGCUUCCCAGCUUAUGCUGAGGACAUUGAUGCAGGAGGUGAUGCAUCACCUUCAACUGCCAUGCUUUCUGAAGUUGCUCGUCUUCUGAAAAUCACAAUUGUUGGUGGCUCUGUCCCUGAAAGAUCUGGGGAUCGCCUGUAUAAUACAUGUUGCAUUUUUGGUUCCGAUGGAAAGUUGAAAGCCAAGCAUCGUAAGAUACACCUUUUUGAUAUUGACAUUCCUGGGAAGAUUACCUUUAUGGAAUCCAAAACUCUAACAGCUGGGGAGACUCCAACAGUUGUAGAUACAGAUGUUGGACGUAUUGGUGUUGGAAUCUGUUAUGAUAUCCGGUUUCAGGAAUUGGCAAUGAUAUAUGCUGCUAGAGGUGCUCAUUUGUUAUGCUAUCCAGGAGCAUUUAAUAUGACAACUGGACCAUUGCAUUGGGAAUUAUUGCAGAGGGCUAGGGCUGCAGAUAAUCAGCUAUAUGUCGCAACUUGUUCACCUGCAAGAGAUCCUAGUGCUGGCUACAUAGCUUGGGGGCACUCUACCCUUGUGGGACCAUUUGGAGAAGUAUUGGCCACUACAGAACAUGAUGAGGAUAUAGUCAUGGCUGAGAUCGAUUACUCAAUGAUGGAGCUCAGAAGGGCAAGCCUCCCGACGAUAAAGCAACGGCGGGGAGAUCUGUACCAGUUGGUAGACAUCCAGAGAUUGAAUUCCUAGUGAUUAUACCAGGGUACCAUCUAUUUAUAAGGUGCUAUGGCAGCAUCAGUAAUUGGCGAAACACUUCUAGUUUAUUACUUGGUGCAAAAUCUUUAUGUGGUAAGAAUGUGAAGAAGUUGAUCUUUGAAUAAAUCCAAGUGCUUGCUUUCUUUACGAA